AUGCUUGGUGCGUAUGCCGUCCAGUCAGAUGCGGGUGAUUACGAUCCCGUCAAUCAUACCGGGAUCGAAUACAUAUCCAACAUGCCUUUCGCUCCCCAAGCCCUGCAAACCCCCAAAAUGCUUCAACGGAUUGUGGAAUUGCAUAAGCUACACAAAGGACAAACUCCUGUGCAAGCAGAUCGCGGCUUCCUCGAAAAUGCCAAACGAUUAGCACUCUACGGCGUCGAAUUUCAUAAAGCCAAAUUUGCUUCCGGUGAGGAUAUAGCCAUCGGUGUGUAUCACGGAGGAAUCCUUGUCUAUCGUGGCCGUGUUCGUAUAGGACGUUUCCUGUGGCCACAAUUGGUCAAACUUUUGUACAAAUCCAAGACUUUCACCAUUGUCACCCGAGCCAUCAAUGUGGACCCCAAAAUUCAAUCUGCCUCGUUCCCCAAAGGAAGUGGUAUGUUACGCGCGGAUCGACGAAAAGGUGGUCUUACCGCGGAUGCUUUGAAUCAGUUGUUCACGCUAAAUUUCCAGUGUGCAGAUCCCCGACUGGCAAAACGACUCUGGGAUGCGUGUACAGCCCAGCACAGUUUCUUCAGAUUGCGUGAAUCUCCUGGACCACAACGAGCCAAUCUGACCUCGGCAUUCAACGCUCGAAAGUAUCACUAUCCGGAAAAGGGCCUGGGCCUGAAUUCUCGAACACCCAGCACAGAAUGGAAUCGUCGUCCACAACCACAGAUUCAACGCGUCCCGACACAACGAAAGCCUGCUCAGUAUGCUUCCAGUGGUACUGCUCCGGUUGCCUUCAACGAGGAUCCCGACCAAUUCUACAUUAUUCCCGGUUCCCCGUCCCCUCUACCGGCCAGUGCGAUCAAUGUAAGCACAUUGCAAAAUCUACCACCAGCUUACAGACGUCCUGGCCCCACGCGAACGCCUCUGGCCCAAGAGAACUGGCAGAUGUCCCCUGCAGACUGUACCCAAGGUUUAGGAAUGAGCUCUGACGGUACCGAUGUGGCUGCCAUGCAUGACACAGACUGGCAGGGUUGUCGAGCAAAUCGUGGUCUCAAAUGGCCCGGUGCCUACUACUACGAAGCGGUCAUGUUGGAAGAAGGCCAAAUACGACUCGGUUGGUCUACAAACGAUUCCAGUUUAAUCCUCGGCACGGAUGCUAACGGAUUUGGCUACGGUGCUGAUGAGAUAGGAGCCGGAUCGGCUGCACGACUUCAUCCGACCGGUCGUUUUGUUCAUGCAAACAUGUCCGAAGACUACGGUUUGCCAGUGGUUCCGGGAGAUGUAAUUGGUUGUUAUUUGGAGUUGGAGAAUAAAAGUUCAGAAGGAAAUCGUCUUACAGUCCAGUGGAGCUAUAACGGACGAUUAUUAGAGCCACCCAAGCCAAAGGUGCCGUUGAAUAUUACCGAUGCUGACCCUAUGUUCCCCGCUGCUUCAUUGAAGGACGCUCGAGUGGCCUUUAAUUUCGGAUACAAGCCGUUCAGUUGCCCACCCAAACACCCAUCGCGUUCCGGUCUACCAUGGACUCCUGUCGCUCUCGUCGACGAUUCCAAGCGAGUGGGAAACUGGAAUGUCGGCUGGCGAGUGAAUCCUGGUGAUGUCAGUUCAAAUACCAACUUGGUUGUUUCUCCUAACGGUCGGAUGGUUCAAGCGGUCGAGAAUACCGGUUGGCAGGGAUUCCGAGCGAAUAAGGGUAUUUUCGGUGGCGGUAAGUACUAUUACGAAAUCGAGUGUAUCGAAGAUUCCGGUUUGGCGCGAGUCGGUUGGUCGUUGGAUGGAGCUAGUCUGGAUCUGGGCUUGGAUGCAUUUGGCUACGGAUUCGGUGCCGAUCGAGACGGUUUCGGUAUAACUGGUUUGCAGGGCAAAAAGUUGCAUGCGGAUGUGAUCGAGAACUACGGUGAAGCAUUUGGAAAAGAUGAUGUGAUCGGGUGCUUCCUCGAUUUGGACGCGGGCGUGAUACAGUGGUCCAAGAACGGGCGUAUGUUCGGUCCAGCCUAUUGGCUUCGAGAGGAACAAUUGAAACAGAAUGAACCCAUUUAUCCCGCUGCAUCGCUGGUCGAUACUACUCUGGAAUUGAAUUAUGGUGACUUACCCUUCAAAUUUCCUCCGGAGGGUGACUGGAUUCCACUGUUCGCUGCUCCCGAUCAAAACAUUUUCGAGUCUCCUGCCUGGCCCCAUCCUUUUGACAUACAGGAAGAUGAUAUACUGGAUGAAGAACCUGAGAAAAUGCUGGAAACAGAUGUUGAUCAAACAGACCGCAUAUUGCCUCGCUCUCCCUCGUUUCAACAUGCUGUGCGAGAUCGGUCUGAUGAAGUGGGAGAAGCCUUGAACGAAGCCAUUCUUCAAACAACCCACCUGAGUCGUGAUACUGCUGUCCUCAGUGGUUCCGUUGGAGUCCUGCCCAAGAGCAACGGUCGUGCUUAA